CGCAACUUGGUGGCGAUGGGCGGUUCCUCCCACCGCCUGGACCAUCAACCCGCCCGGGGUGACCCAGCCCGCCAGCAAGCACCAGGUGGGGAGUGAUGGAGGAAGAAUCUCUCUACACCAACUCCCUGGAUGUUCAGGAUCUUCUCGGUACCAUGAACCUGCUCCUGACCUCCCAGCAGCCAACGGCAAGUGGGUCAGUGGACCCCACCGAGGUGCUGGACGAGUUUCUGACCAGCCCCAGCCUCAGUGAGCCUUUCCUAUUCCAAGAUGAUGUCUCUCCCAGAACCAGAACGGAGGAGUGUCAGGACGCCAUUGAGUCCAUCACGGACGAGAGUAUUUACGAGUGCUUCCCCUUUCAAAUGGACAAAAAUGAGAAUAUCAGUUCAAGCAGAUCAAUGGCAGAAGUGGGAAUGGCGAAAGAUUCAUGUGGCCUUCCGCCCUGUCAGCUGAACGCAGAUAAUACCGUCAGUCUGUGGAAGAAUAUUGAAUCUUACAUUUUCCUUAAUCCCAUGGCCAGAUUGGACAGCAGGGAUGGUCCACCGGCUGCUCAGGAUGAAGACACGAGUCCUGGAGCUGAGAGGAAUCUUUGCGAUCUCAACUCGUUCAGGCUCCAACUCUUCGGCGCAAUAUAUAAAGGCAACCUGGAGAUGAUUGACAGCCUCUUGAAGAAGAUGGAGGCUUCAGACUGGAACCUCUCGCACCCUGCGCUCAGAGACCCCAACACGGGCCAGACGUGCCUGAUGAAGGCCCUGCUGAAGAUCACCAACAAGGUGGAGGAGCAGUACCAGGACAGCGUGAUGGUGCAGGUCGUCAGGAAGCUCAUCUCCUUCUCGCGGAGCCGCGGAGACCUGUCGCAGUUCGUCAACGCCGCCUACACGGACAAGAUCUACCGGGGGCAGACGGCUCUGCACAUCGCGGUGGAGCGCCGGCGCUGUGACCUCGUCCGGCUCCUGAUGCAGAGCGGAGCCACCGUCGACCCCAUGGCUAAGGGCAGCUUCUUCCGCAACAAAAGACAUGAGCAGUGCUCCUUCUACUUCGGAGGCUUCCCGCUGGGGCUGGCUGCCUGCACCAACCAGCCGGAGGUGGUGAGUUUCCUGAUGGAGCAGGGAGCCGACCCCCGGGCCCAGGACCGGGCGGGCAACACGGUGCUGCACGCCCUGGUGUCCAUCGCCGGCGAGACGGCAGAGACUCGCAGCUUUGUCACCACCAUGUACGACCUGCUCCUGACCAGGAGCGCGGACCUGGAGCCUCCUGGCAACCUGGAGAAGAUCACCAACCGCAAGGGUCUGACCCCGCUAAGGCUCGCUGCCUGCAUCGGCAAGAUCGAGAUAUUUAAACACAUUCUGGGACGGGAAAUAAAGCAGCAGAAAUACAAGCACCUCUCCAGGAAGUUCACGGAGUGGGAAUACGGGCCGGUGUCCUGUUCUCUCUACUAUCUGUCGGGAGUCGAUACGAUUGAGGAAAACUCCGUGCUGCAGACUGUCGUUUACAGCAGCAGGAAUAGGAUUAUUCUGCAGGAUAUCCUGAGAUUUCUCCUGAUCUAUGCGGUUUUUAUCGUGGGAUUUGCAGCAGCACUGGCCUCGUUGAUCGAGGAGUGCCCCGUGGGCACCGACUGCCCCUUUGACGGGUUCAGCGCCGCCAUCCUGGAGCUCUUCAAGCUCACCAUUGGGCUGGGCGACCUGGGCAUGCAGAAGCACUCGAGGUUCCCCAUCUUCUUCCAUACCCUGCUGGUGCUCUACGUCAUCCUGACCUUCAUCCUCCUGCUGAACAUGCUGAUCGCUCUGAUGGGCGAGACCGUCACCAAGAUCUCCAGCGAAAGCGAGAAGAUCUGGAAACUCCAGAGGGCAGUCACCACUCUCUACUUUGAGCGGACCAUGCCCCGCUGGCUCCGGACCAGGUGUAAAAACAACCACAGCUUCACGGAGGUGACGGUGGGACUCACGCCCGAGGGGAGAGAGGAUCGGCGCUGGUGCCUGAGGUUAAACGAGACGAAGUGGAGCGAGUGGGACACUCGGAUAGAGACCCUGACAGAGACAGGCUAGAUACAGCCUUUCUGUAGCGCCUGUCACCUCCACAGGACAUCUCACAACAUGGCCCAACCACGGGUCUAAACAAAGGUCUUCGCUGUUACCAGAGACACAGCAAGAUUCCACAGAGUGUGAGGUUAAUGAUAGAAUGGACUCCUUUAUUGACAUUGAUUGAGACAGAUACUUCAUGCCCCAGAGCAGGUGGACUGGGCCUUAUUCCUAAUUCAAAGGCUCGCCCCUCCCAUAAUGUGGCACUCCUUCACUGCCUCUCCCAGAGCGCGUCACUCCCUCACCGCUCCUGCCGUGGUGCGGCGCUCUUUGGUACUGGGGAGCCCAGGUGCUGUGGGAAGUGUCGGUCUGGUCUGUGGUCAGAUCCCUCCUGCUUGCCGCUCCAUCCCGCCGUCUCUCCUGUUGUGAGUGUGAUGGGCCCUAGUUCCCUGAGUUGAACUGUGUCCGUCUCCACGUCAGCCUCUGCUGCUGCUCAACUCUCUUUACUCCAGAGUAUCUUUCAUGAAGUUGCUCCUUUCUUUGGCAAACAAACUUCAUGAAGAUUUUGAGGAUAGUGAGUUCUCCCCCAACCUUUUGCCUCUCCCACCACGACCCCUUCACAUAAUUUAGAACAGUACAGCACAAGACCAGGCCCUGCAUAACUUGAUAAGUCAAAAUAAUCUCCUCUGCCUGCCUGUGAUCCAUAUCGCUCCAUUCCCUGCCUAUCCAUAUGCCUAUCUAAAAGCCUCUUAA